CUCUUUUCCUCUCCAUAAACUAUUUUUGAUUUUUUUUUCUUCCUGAAAGUUAUAAGCUAUUCAUUCAGCUUUCCUCAUAAUUCCUGAAAUCCUCGUACAUAAACCAGAGAUGUUAAUUUAAAACGUUAGCAACAAACAAAAACAACCAGCUUCUUCUCCCAUAUAUAUAUAUAUCGAUCACAGCUUUCUUUCUAUUUCCCUCUCCAUAUAAAAUAUAUAACCCUUUUGUUUUUUUUUUCUUCUUUUAAAUUAAAUAUUGCUGGACUGCUUUGUCCUUGUGUUUACCUUGCUUUUAAAGCACACUCAUUUUCUACCCCUAUUUUCCUUUCUUCUUCACUUCUGGACUCUCUAGCUAGCACCUCUCUCUAUUCUCUAGGUGACUCCUUCUUCAUAAUCAGAGGGCAUGCCUGAAUGUCCAGAGAAAGGGAGAGAUUUGAUGAGAUAGGGAAAAAGAUCAAGAGGGAAGGAGAUGUUUCUUCUCAAAUGGGAAGAAGACAUAUGUUAGGCCCUCCUGGAACCCUAAAUACUAUCACCCCUUGUGCAGCAUGCAAGCUGUUGAGAAGAAGAUGUGCUCAAGAAUGUCCCUUUUCUCCAUAUUUCUCUCCCCAUGAGCCCCAAAAGUUUGCUUCUGUCCACAAAGUUUUUGGUGCCAGCAACGUCUCAAAGAUGCUCAUGGAAGUACCAGAGUGUCAGAGAGCUGAUGCUGCAAAUAGUCUAGUGUAUGAGGCUAAUGUGAGGCUAAGAGACCCUGUGUAUGGAUGCAUGGGUGCAAUUUCUGCUUUGCAACAACAAGUUCAAUCUUUACAAGCUGAGCUUAAUGCAGUAAGGGCUGAGAUACUCAAAUACAAGCUCAGGGAAGCUAACAUGAUACCCUCCUCUCAUGUUGCAAUGCUCCCUUCAUCUGGGGUUGUUUCAAUUGCCGCUCCACCGCCACCACCGCCGCCGCCACCUCCUCCUCCUUCUCUUCCUCCAAAUUCUUCAUCUUCUUCCAUGUACAUCCAACAGAGGGAUCCCACCAGUUAUACCACACUUUCAAGUGAUAAUAUUUCCUAUUUUGGUUAAUUAACUUUGCAGCCUAAAACAAUUAUUCCAUUUAUUUCUCUCUUUAAGAUGCAUCAAGGUGGAAUAAAGUAAGGAUAAGGAGAGUAUUAAUUGAUACUGAAGUUGUUAUGCCCCGGCUGUGUGCUUUUUUUUCUUAUUACUAUCGUAAUCUAUAUGAUUUAUGCCCAAAAUUUCCCCUUGAUAAGGUUGGUUAACAUUAAUUUCUAGAGCUACUACCAUGUUGGAAAUUAAUUUCUCCUUGAUCCUGUGAUUAACAGUAUUUCUUCCCCAGCCUCAAGUACAACGGAUGUAGACACAAUGCCAACUUGAUAUAUACGUAUGCCAAU